UUUCAUCAAGCGCAGACAUGUCUCGCAGAUGCGCGAUGGAGGCAAUGCCACUGCUCAGGAAGGCACCUCCAACUGAGCAAGAUAAAACCCAGCAAGAGUUGGCGCUAAACCCCCACCGCCCGCUUCGAUCAUGGCUGCACGGAGUAGUAGCCGUGGUGUCGCUGCUCCUAGUCCUAGUCGGGCUCACUUCAAUUAGUUCAUCAAUUACACCUCCCGUGUCCUCCAAUUUGUCUCCACCCCCUUCGACGCCGUUGAAUGUUCGAACGGUGUGGGUUGUCGUGAAUCGAACCGUCGACGGACAGCUAGUGGCGGCGGCGACCUUUGAUGUAGCCGCCGACACAAUCGAUGGCUCGACCAGCCAUGCAUACGCCACCUUCAACGACAGCGUGCCACGUAUUGGCUGGUCGCAACUGUGGCUCCGUGCCACCCCCGCCUCAAGCAACUCGUCGGAUGCGUUUAACCAGGCGAUGUACGCCGCCGGCUACGCCGAAGGAGCGCUAACCCAUCGUCGUAUUCACGAACAUUAUUGGAACACCCGAAGCUAUUUUUUCGGCAGAGUCCCCACAGCCAUCAACCUCGCGUCCGCCGCGCGUGUGUAUGACUUCCUGGACCGCAACGUCCGCUGGCUACGCUCGCAGGUGGCUACAAUGGACACCAACGACACGCUGCACUGGGCCAUGGUAGGCGGUGUGCUAGCCCAACUUGAAGGCCUCGUGCAAGGCUACAACGACCACCGAGGGGUCGAAGACUCGUCGCUGUCAGAGCUGGAUCUGUUGUUCCUCAACGCGGAUGGUGACAUGCCAAACCUCAUCGCCCGCACCAUGCCUCCAGCCGCCGACGCCGCCACCGUCACGUCCUUGACCAAACCAUCGACGUCCAACUUCAAAUGUUCAGCGCUCAUUCGUAUCCUCGACGACGACCUGCUCUGGGGCCAUGCCACGUGGGAUACGUACACCGCCCUCAACAAAAUGUUCAAACAUUACGACUUGCCUCUGCCCUCCCAUUCAAUGGCUAGCCGAGCCGGCCAAGAGCGUCACAAUAGCCACCGCCGGCGCAUCUCCAUGUCAUCUAGCCCAGGCUACCUUUCGUCCGUCGAUGACUGGUAUCUCCUCGACAGCGGCCUCGGUGUGAUGGAGACAACGAAUGGCAACUACAACGCGACCCUUGCAGCAAUGAUCUCGCCCGAAUCGUGCUUGAGUUGGGUUCGAACAAAGGUGGCGAAUGCUCUGGCUGUCGACGGGCCAUCGUGGACAGUGUACUUUGGUGCGUACAACAGUGGCACGUACAACAACCAGUGGAUGGUGCUCGACACAUCGCGAUUUUCAAAUGGGGCGUUGCUACCCCACGGCCUGACGCUGUUGGAGCAACUUCCCGGUGAAAUCAUGGUUCAAGACGUGUCGAACGUGGUAAAUACCCAGGGCUAUUGGGCGUCAUACAACAUUCCGUACUUUGAGCACAUUUACAACAAGUCUGGGUUUGCUGCCAAGGCGGCUGCCUCCACAGAUAGCAGUUGGUCCCAUUCCGACUGUGCCCGAGCCAAGAUAUUUCGUCGCGAUGCUCCUCACGUCCACUCUAUCGCAGACUUGAAGCGCUUGAUGCGGUAACAGUACACUCUAUUUCAUCCAGUUUUCGGCUCAAAACGUUCUCCAAGUUGUGUGAUAUGUUAUUUCUCUAUUCGUAGCCUAUUCAUGACUAUAUUUUUUGGAGUGUUUUGUAAUCGACUACGUAGAGCCAACAACUACCAGCACGACGAGUUGAGCUUGGGGGACCCCGGGCGUGCCAUUGCCGCCCGAUACGACCUCGCGUCGAAUCCAUUGGAGUUCGCCCUCAAUGGGGCGAUCGAUGCCAAGGUCACGUCCGUCCAUCUAGCGCGGCAAUUACAGUGCGAAGCCGUGCUCGGUCCAUCCAAUGACAACCAGCCGACGUUUGAGUGGACUGCCGCGUUUGACAAGUUGGCGCUGCACAAGGGCCAUCCCACAGCCUUCAACUUUUCAUUCAUUGCCAUGCGCCACCACGACCAUUUGGAACACCAAUACCAACCAUCCACAGACUCGUUAUAAUGCCACACGUAAACCAUUGACUAACCCUCUGCGACGUGGUGUAACAUUAUUAUCACUCCUAAAGUCUUGGUGCAGUAUCAGCUUAUCACGUAACAUGGUUAUCGAGAUUGUGU